ACCACACAGUUUGCUGUGUUAUGUGGUGGAAUCCUGAUUUCAUCACACCCCUGGACUAAGUCGUUUCUGAUGAUGAGCUACCCUGCAUAACCCGAGGGUGUUCACACAAAGCAAGUGUCUUGAUAUUGUGGUCCAGCACGCGUAAUAAUCUUUUCCUGAUUUUCCCUUCUUUUUCUUUUUUUCAUUUUGGGAAGGGAGGACGGCUCCAGGAAACCGCCUCCUUCACACAGUCCGCGGUGCUACAGUAUAGCUAGUCGGUUUGUGGAGUGAAAACGGCCAUCGCCUCCAUGUUGGAAAGAACAUAUAGAAACAAUUCACCAUUUGCUAAAAUGUAGAAAAACCCCAAAGCAGGAUUACAUUGUUGCAUGCCUUGACUAAAUCGCUGGUAAAAAAAAUACCGAAGAAACGAAGGCUGCUUUCCCCGACGAGAGUUAAACCUAUGCGGGAUACAGUCUACUUGAAUUAACGUGGCUAGGUAGCUAGCAAAGUUAGCUAGAUUUAAUUUAUGCAUUUUAUUAAUUAAAUUUUUAUUUUUACGUUCUUAUGCGUCAAGGAAUAAAUGGGAUUAGCUGUAUGGUGAACAAAGGGGGGCCUGCACUCUGUGUUCGGACUACGCUGUUUUUUAGUGUUCAGCCAGCAGUAACGAUACUGUUUGGCUAUCAAGUAGACCAGUUAAAAAAGCUGCCUAGCUGCAUAUUCUGAAAUAAAGUGAAUUAAGAGGAAUACCAUCCCGUUUCCAUGGACAACACGUCCAUAAUUACCCAGGUUGCUAACCCAAAGGAGGAGGAGAUCCUUUCUUCAAGUCAAGAAAAAGUUUCCCAGUCGAAAAGCAGCUUAAAGAAACAGAGGAGUCGUGGUAUCUUCAGCACUUUUUUCUGUUGCUUCCAGAACUACAAUGUGGAACCGCCCUCAUCCAAUAACAACACCGGCAGCUCCCUGCCUCCACCGGCGGAGGAAAAUGGGACGCUUCCGAAGUGUGACCAGGUUGAGGUCGUCCCCAUCCCCAGUGUCGAGUCGCCCGGCGCUCCCCUCGACAUGGCCGCUCGUCCCCGGGCUCCGGACUCUGACCUUCCCUCCCAGCCCUGGCCCUCUGUCCAAUCCCCCAUUUGGCUCGGAGACGACCGGGAUCCGCCGCUCGUUGUGUCGCACGCUCGGGCUGAACACCCCCCAGCCCAGAACCUCCUGCCUGAGAUGACCAUAUCUGACUACGGCAAGAACUGCGUGGUUAUCGACUUGGACGAAACCUUGGUGCACAGCUCUUUCAAGCCCAUUAGUAACGCCGAUUUCAUCGUUCCCGUGGAGAUCGAUGGCACCGUUCACCAGGUGUACGUGCUGAAACGGCCCCACGUGGAUGAGUUUCUGCAGAAGAUGGGGGAGCUGUUUGAAUGCGUGCUCUUCACCGCUAGCCUAGCCAAGUACGCGGACCCCGUGGCGGACUUGUUGGAUCAGUGGGGGGUGUUCCGCGCCAGGCUCUUCAGAGAGUCCUGCGUGUUCCACCGGGGGAACUACGUCAAAGACCUCAGCCGCCUGGGACGGGAGCUGAGCAAGGUCAUCAUCGUGGACAACUCGCCCGCAUCAUACAUUUUCCAUCCCGAAAAUGCGGUCCCUGUGCAGUCAUGGUUUGACGACAUGACGGACACCGAGCUCCUGGACUUGAUCCCUUUCUUCGAAGCGCUGAGCAAAGAGGACGAUAUUUACAGUGUGUUACAGACCCUGAGAGCCAGGUAGCCCAGUCUCCUCCCCCCUGUGCGGGUCCUGACCCCCCCCUUCAGCAUGGCUCAGGUCCCUACUACAGCAGCCUGUAGGGGGCAGCGCAGAGCUCCGCAGAAAGUAGCCCCGCCCAGCUGCUAUCUGGCCACAGCCUGGAUGGACUGGAUGUUUGCGGUACGGCCAGUCUGAAAGGAGACAAACUUUGGGAAGCCCUAUUGGCAAGAAAAUGUGUAUAUAUUAUAUAUUUCUAAUCUGGAGGGGGAAAAACAAACAGAAAAUCAAUUAAAAGAACUUAAUUUUUUAUUGGAGACACGAGUUUUACUAUUCUAUAUAUUAAGUUCUAUAUAUUUACCAAAAAAACAACCUUUUUUCUGAAAAUGAGAAACAUUCUUUGUCCUUUUAUUGUUGCUAUGCAGGCAGCCUGUUCCCCAGUCUCCAGUAAAUCAACUGUGAUUUUCUUUACCUACUGAAUGAAGUGCCUUUUGUGACUGUUGUUUUUAUGGAGAGAGCAAAUUUUGUAUGCUGCAUAUUUCCAGAAUACUGAAAUCUUUUCCUGGAGUUAUGUUUUAAAACUGAAGUGGAGAAGAAACUUUAUAUUGUUAUGUUAUUUAUGCUGAAUAUUUUACUAAGGGGUGGGCUCUUUUCUUAAUUAUAUACUAAAUGGCUUUUUUUCCAUUUUCUAACACCCCAUACCAUUAUUUAUUGGCGAUGGUGAUUUAAUGUGUUACAUAUUAUGGCCUCUAAUGAAACUGAAAUAAUGCAUUUGCAAUUGUGAUUUUGUGUAGUAUUACAGUUCACCCUACCAAGACAGAGGUAAGUGUAGCUUUGUAUUGGAGGAAAGAGAUCAAAGCCUGUAGGUUUUAAAACUGAGUGCCGAUGCUUGUGUUUCAGACUGCUGCCAUACACCAGGUCUUAAUUGAAAGUGCCAGGUAAUUUGUUCAGUGAUGAUGAAUAAGGUUGUGAUGUUUAGCUUUGCCAUUAAAAAGGAAAAAUAAUGAAGUGCAUUCAAAAUGGCUGCCCAUAUAUGCCCCAUUAAUUUCUUUAACUCAGUUUUGUAUACCUAUGUUUAGAAAUGUCAGAUUUGGUUUAAUUUGUCCAAUUAAAUUUGAUUUUGGAGGCCUCUCAUGAACUCAAUUAAAAUAAUGCACUUUUCCAAGCAGUUUUCACACUCAAUUUAGUAUUGCUUUGCUGUGAUUCUUUAAUAAUGGAAAGUGGCAGUGUCCUUGUUAAAGGCCACCGAUGGUACGCAAUUGCAAAUGCAUCCUUUCACCGUGAAGAAAAUGAAUAUUGUAUGGAAAUAUUUAGUUUCAAUUAUGUUUUCCUGUGAUAUUUAUGAGUUGAGAAAUGCCUCAAGCUGAUUCGGGAGCUCGGCCCUUUAAUUUGGCUGGUUUUUAAUUGGGCUUCUGACGUUUCCACCGGUCAGAGCUGCCGCUGCUGCUGCUAGCGUACAGAGGCCACGCCGAGUCGGCACAGGGGCUGCCGGAACUGUUCCUCACCACCGUGCCUGUUCAGAGACAUGACCUCACCAAGCGCCGCACCCCUGGGGCAAUAACCCGACUGAAGUCAUUUCCCUCUGGAUCCUGUGCACCUCAGCGCUACUUCUGCAGUUUUUACACUCACACACACACACGCGCGCGCGCACACACUCUCUCUCAGACUAUUAUCCGCAUGGUUAUUAUUAUGGUUCUGUUCUAUGGUACUGUUCUGUUUCUUUUCUGUUCCUCAGUAUUUGGUUUUAAAGACAUGUUCAUAUCUAUGUUGUCUGGUGUUUCUUCUGCCACAGGCACAGUAAAGCUCCCCUACAGUUAAAGAAUGAUUUCAACUUGGUGUGCUUAUGAAUCAUCUUAAGAUGAUUUGGUAUACAUUUGUACGACGGUAUCGUGUACUCUGGUUAAUGGAAUAGAGAGAAUUUAGGUUCUUUUGGUUUCAGUUCUCUGAAGAAGAGAGCAGAUAGAGUUGUGGUACAAUCUGGUGAUGUUCUCUACACUCAAAUGCACGCAGUAGGCACUAAGAGGUUCCACAUACCUCUCUUUUAUUCUCAAAUUUAUUUGUUACCCAGCUUUACUCUCGACACCUUUUCAACAUCCCUCAAGUGUGUACUGCAGUUACAUUUACACCUGAUUAUUUCUGAGAAUUAUUCUUAAUUAUGCCAGUGUACCAUUUAGUACCCACUCAAAAUCAAAUGUGAGCGAUCGCCAGCUUUUGAACUCUGGUCUGUGAAUUAAAAUGCUUUAUAUUCAUCGUGCUUUUAGCCGCCAGUCUGACUAACUGUUCUAUAAAAGCAGACUUCACUUCCUAACCAGAGGGGGAAAUCAUAACUGUAGAGCAGUGUUACUGUGCAGUGCAUUUUCAGUAAAAUGUUUCACGGUUUUGUGGCGAAUAUCUUUCAGAAAAUGACAAGUCAUUAAAGUACCUUUUUUUUAAAAGAA